CAAAAAUAAACGUCACAUUGCAUGAAAGCCGAUAUCAACAAGUGAAAACAAAGUACCAUUGAAUUCUUAAAAUCGAUAGCAGAAACUAAACGUAAGCAGUCAUCUAACUUAUGCUCACUUCUGCGAGGUAAAUAAAUAUAUUCCUCGCUAACCUCAGUUAAAAAAUGGCGUUCAGUAGGGCACUAUAUUGUAUACUGUUUAUUGGGAUGAUAUAUUUAUCACCCAACGGGGUGAUAUGUCGCGAUAUAUUCACAGCUUACAAUCAUAUGGCAAAACUCGCGUCUGUCGAACUCGAGUUACAUCAAGCAUUACAGGACUAUAUCAGCGCCGAGGAAACCAAAUUGCUGGAACUUCGGGAGUUUUAUAAGCUCAUAGCCAGAGCAAGACAACUGCAAUCAGACGCGACAACGUCGUUAACUGAUUAUGCCGCAAACCCGAUCCGUGCGUAUCUAAUGUUGAAGCGCUUUGUUUGGCAGUGGAGACAAAUUAAGGAAAAAAUGGAAGGACAGCAAGGUUUGUUGUAGAAUUAUAUUUAGGCUUUAUACUUUAGAUUUGCAAUUCAACUCUAUUUAACUUUAUAUUUAUGACGCACGAAAUUGCUUUGUGAUAACUAAGGGUGUUGUAUUUGUUGACAUAUUUACGUUGCCUAUAUUAAUAUGUUCCCUAUUGUAAUAAAUAUAAAAUAGCCAUUCAGCGCGGAGCUAAGGUUGUGUAUGUUAGAAACAGUUCAACUUUAUAUAGUUUGAAUGUCGUAUUUAAAUUCAGUAGCUACAUUGCCAAAGUCCGAUAAGAUUCAUAUUUGCAUUUCUUUGUUCAUAAUGGUCUAGUGCGCGUUCUUUGCGUGCGGAUGAUGGAAGCCACGCAACGUGACAAAAGAAUUGUAUUUAUAUUUUUCUACACUAAAUCUGUAAGCGGAAAACCAUAAAUAUUAUCAUAAAUAUUAUUCAAUCUUUGAGUUUUGGUCAUUUCAAUAGUUAUUUUAGGUCUUGCUCCAAAAUAUAGUGGAUGAUUGUGAGUGAUGCGAACGUGCCACAUUGCAUGUCUUAAAAUAUAAAUGAGAUUAUUAAUUAAAUUAAAGAUAAGUACGUAAUAUACAUAAUCAAUUUAUUAUAUUGACAGUGGAGUGAUACAAUGAUAUUACAAAUGUAUUUGACGAAAACAUAAUAUAAUAGAAGAAUUUUCUCACGGCUUAGAACUAACAGCACUUGGGCUCAACAAGUAGUUUCAUACUAGAUUUAUAUUCAUUGGGGAGGGAUGGUUUAUAAUAAAGUUAUUUGUAGGCUUAGGGAAGAAGCACGAUUAUUUUCAAUCAAUCAAUUGUGAUCAAUAAGUCAACCAAUAUCUAUCUAUCAUAUAGAUCAUGAUAAACAAAUUAACAAUAAUCAAUCAAUGAUCAAAAAUAUUCAGUUGAUCAGAUAUGAUCAAUCAAUUAAGAUCAAUAAAUUAUGAUAAUCAAUCAAUAAUGAUCAAUCAAUCAAUCAAUAAAUUAUGAUAAUCAAUCAAUAAUGACCAGUCAAUCAAUUAUGAUCAAUCAAUUAAGAUCAAUUAUGAUCAAUUUAUCAGAUAUGAUCAAUUAAUCAAUUAGUUAUGGUCAAUCAAUUAGUCAUGACCACUCAAUUAAAGUAAAUCAUAAUCAAUAAUUAUCAAUAGAUAAUUUAUGAUCAAUCAUAAUCAGUCAGUCAUUAGGUCAGCAAGUCAACGAUCAACAAUCUACUUUUGUAUAGUCUUUCCAAAACCAUUCAAAAUUCUUUUCAUAUAACCCGCCUAGAAUUGAUUCUGGGGCGUCUGCGAAACUACAAGGAACUAAUGCCUUCAGAAGUGGACUUGGAUGGAGCACUGAAAGCGAUUGCUCGAAUCCAGGAGACGUACCACCUGCCACCUUCAUACAUCACUGCAGGACUGCGAGAAAUGCCAAUGGAGGAGUCACAACUGGGUAUCCAGGAUACGUACACCAUAGGAAGAGAUUCUUAUCAUCAAGAGAAAUAUUAUAAUACGAAGAUAUGGAUGGAGGAAGCAUUUCGACAGAUGAACGGAUCAUCUUAUAAAGAUGGUGUAAAACUGAGCGACAUCCUCGAUCACCUGAGCUGGGUGGAAUUUAAGGUACAGCACAUUUUCUUACGCUACAUCUAAUCAGCUCCCGCAUUGUUGGAAACUACCUUGAUUAAUAAGUAAUAGAGUUAAUAAAAGGACGGUGUUUUAAAAAAGAUAUAAAGUUACAGAAUCAGAGAUUAUUCGUAACUGGUACUACCAUAUCAGAGAUUAUUCUCCGAUCCGAGCUGACGUCGUCAAUUUUUCAUUUCACUAUCUACAACAGAUCUUAUCAAAAAUGGACCUCAGAUUUGAAAGCUUCGUGCUCAAAUUAGUCAAAACCGAAAAUUUCACGAUGUUUGGAAGCGAGUUUCGGCGUUUUGAAAAUGUUGUUUUCCUCUCCAUUUGAUUGGAAUUUGCCGCUGUAGUGAAAAUGUUUUCAAAACGCCGUAACUUGCGUCCUGAAUGUCGAAACAUUGUGAAAUUUUCGGUAUAGGGUAAGAGGUCCUGCCUAAUAUGAACAUGAAAAAUCGAUAAUUUAUAUAUUUUAAGUUUUUAACCGAACGGAACGCGUUAUCUUCUAUACUUUGUGAAGUGUUGGACGAAACGACUAACGAGGGAGGCAAUUCCCAACAGCAUGUUUAGCCUGUUAUUCCCUGAUUCCCUCACAUGAUAUAAUUUAGAUGCUUGGUUAUCUUUGUUUCAUUUUAUGCUUACAUUAUCGGAACAGUGGUCAUAUCACAAAAGGUGUGUGACUUGGCUACGAAUAUCCACGCGUUAUCCGCAACGUACAAAUAAUUUUCAGGCCGUAUAAUUAUGACUCUUAUUUCAACAUUUUAUUUUAGUUAGGGAAUGUUCAGCAAGCAGUCAACUAUACCGUGGAAUGGUUGAGAUUAGGUAGGUGGCUCUCCUGUUUCUACAGUAUACAUUUAAAAUGUCAUUUCUUAAGAUGUUUAAGGUGGGGCAGGAGACAAUCGCAGCACAAGCUGCAAAAUUAAUGAAGCUGCAGUACAUCUUGUUUUGUUAAGACAUCUGGAAUGAGGGGCCAAUGUCUUAUACAAGAUUAUCUCUUUCUACAUUUAGAGCCAGAUCACAUACGUGCAAGGACAAACCUGAUCUAUAUGACGAGAGAGAAUGAGAGGCUAUUGGGAGACAGUAGCAGUAAAGUAGAGAAACCUGAUGCGGCGAAAAAGGAGAAAAAGUUAAAACCACAUCAAAGAAAACGAUACGAUUACAAAAACUUUGACUGGCCCACCGAGAAAAAAAAUUACAGAAGAUUGUGUCGUGACGAAGAAAUUCUUACAUACGAGGUAGCCGGCUCUCUUUAUUACGUGUCCAUACCAUCUCAGCCUUGCUUCCCUCACCUUCUCUGCAAUGUCUACCACCCCACAUCUUCUUCUGAUUUCUUCAUUCCAUAAUGUCUCUGACCAGCUCUCCUUCAUCUCUUCUUAUUAUGUGUCCAUACCAUCUCAACCUUGCUCCCCUCAUUUUCUCUGCAAUGUCUACCACCCCACAUCUUCUGAUCUCUUCAUUCCAUAAUGUCUCUGACUGGCUCUCCUUCAUCUCUUCUUAUUAGGUGUCCAUACCAUCUCAACCUUGCUCCCCUCAUUUUCUCUGCAAUGUCUACCACCUCACAUCUUCUUCUGAUCUCUUCAUUCCAUAAUGUCUCUGAUUGGCUCUCCUUCAUCUCUUCUUAUUACGUGUCCAUACCAUAUCAAACUUGUUUCUUAAACGAUAACAUAAAAUCCUCGCUACUGCCUUGAAUUGGCAGCUCCAGGAAAUCGCGACUUAAACUUUACCUCGUCUCUUAUUUCGCAAGGAAAAACAAGACGACAACAAACUAAAAUGUUCCUAUUUCAACAAAGACCCGUUACUGCGAAUCAAACCAGCUAGGAUGGAGCGAGUGUGGGAGAAGCCACCUAUUUAUAUCUUCCGAGAUUUUGCAAGCAAGAAAGAAAUCGAAGAUCUGAAAGCUAUCUCUGGACCACAAGUAAGCACAAUAUUUACUUUAUAAAGGGUAACGGUAAAGCAUUAUAAUGGAAGGGUUGAUUUUAUAUACUAAGGUGAUGUCAAUGUAAGGUGUAUAUAACUUUCAAAAUUUUUUCCCCAGCUUUCCAGAGCAACAGUUCAUAAUCCAACAACGGGAAAAAUUGAAUUCGCUAAUUACAGAAUCAGUGAAUUGUAAGUACGGUAUGACAAAUUGACGUAUGGUCGGCUUACUGUAUGUGUUAUUUAUACAAGACAUUUCAGGGGAAAAUUAGCAUAAUUUACGACUACAUUCACGUCUCUGUAUCUUGUACUGUAGUUCUUGGUUAUAUGAUACGGAUGGGGAAGCUGUUGCAAAAGUCAACGCUAGAUUGGGAGCGGUUACUCAGUUAGAUGUCUCAACUGCUGAAGGUUUGCAGGUUAGUCUGAAAUCAACUGUCACCUGUCUAGUAAAGGCCGCCUGUGGCCAUUUUUAGGAUUUCCAUUGAACAUUUGGAUGGUCUGAUGUUAGAAAAACAAAAUAGUAGGAAUAGUAAAGUUAUAAAUUGCACAUCUGCUAAAUGAUUCCGCAAAAUAUUAAUAUUUAAUAUCAUGUGAAACCAACUUAUUACUUUAGGUGCAGAAUUAUGGCAUGGCAGGUCAAUAUGAUCCGCACUUUGACUUCUCAAGAGUAAGUAAAUAUGCAGAGCUUCAAUAAAUUCUAGUUCAUGUUUCACUCAUGUAAAUUAGCAUGCAUGUUUAUGACGGCAUAAGUGAAUAUUAUUUCAUUAAUUUGAGUUUCUAUAUUUCUUUGUAUUCCCAGAUCAAACUUGAAAAAGCCCGUGCCGUUAAAGUAAGUCCAUAUAAUAUUUCCUAUUUAAAAACUAAUUCUCCUAUCUGAUACCUCCUAACAAAAACGCCAAUCUUUAUUUAAGAAAAAUGCAUGGUAACAGUAUAUAACGAAACAAUCCUACAUCUUUUUACUGAUGAUAUAUAAUACUGUUAGAGUGGCAGGGCUUUCUUCACGUUUGAGCGGUGACUGAACUGAACUACACACUUAAAAAUCUCACAACUAUGAGCUCAACAACCUUGUAGCAAGUUGUCAACAAGCCGUGCGAACACAUCCUGUUGACAAGUUGUUGGAACAGCAUUGCUAUAUACAAGUCUGCUGCAGGUUUGUUACAACUUGUGCGUUUUUACGUGUGUAAUCUUCAAACUAUAAUCUCACAACUUCACGCUAUACACUGCAUUGCAGGAAUUGAAUUCUGCACGUUUUUUUAUAUGCAUAUAUACUGGAAUGUUUAUUCCUGAGAUAUUGCGUUGGUAUCUUUCAGGAACACGAGUUAAAGUUAAUAAAAGGUCUUGGCGAUGGAAACCGAAUUGCGACAGCACUUUUAUAUGUAAGUUUUAUUAAUCUUAGCAGGAGAAAACGCGCGCGGCGUAAAUUAUUCAUGUAAAUAUUCGGGUCUUUGAGGAAUUCCGUGUAAAAUCGCUCAGGUUUGGAUGCCUCGGAAUUUUCCAUUGAGAAUGCACGAGAUUGGAGAACGCUCUCGAAAGUUAUUAACGAACUUAAGCGAGGCUUUAAUAGUCUCUAUCUAAUACGACUCUUUCUCCGUCGUAUUAACCGCGAUCCUUAAACGCGGUGUUAAAUUCUUACAAUGGAUAAUAUAGACGAGAAGUGUUCCUUACAAUCAUUUCGUUCAAAGCGUUCGUCUGCAUGUGUGUAUGCAAAACUUGUACAAAAUGUGCAGACAAACUACCCAUAUAAUUCGACUUAAUGGAUCUAUUUACCUGCACGACUGUAUCAGACGAGAAAGCUUCGCAUUGAAUAUAGGGAUACAACUACCUGAAAAAUACAAGGAGAGCAAACGUCGAAGUUCUCCUUGUACUUUUCAGGUACUUGCAUCCCUAUCAAACCAAACCUUUCUCAUGAUUGCCACGACGAACGUUUUUUUUUCUUUGCACAAAGAUAAAUUGGACUACAGUAAAACAUAAAAUCAACCCUACCUUACGAGAGUUCAAAAUUCCGCUGGACUAACACUCAUUCAAUUGUUCGUCCCAUGACUUUAAUAAAAUCACAUUUUAUUCAACAAUUCCUUUUCUUCUAGAUGAACAAAGUGGAAGCUGGAGGAGCGACAGUAUUUCCUUACGUUGGAGCUCGACUAACGCCAUCUGAGGUAUGACACGCUAUAUAAUAUAACACUGUGGUUAGAUAUUUGCUCGUAUCUUUGUACGAACUUCCUUGCAUGACCAAGAAUUUUCGUGCGGUUUCUACAAAAACCUAAACAGCUGUUGCCUGUUAAUUGGUAUUUGUAAAACCACUUAAUAUUUGAAAGAAAAAAAAUGCAAAAUUGAAAAGUCCAAACGAUCGUUCCGUAUAAACACUUCCAGAAUUUGCUCGAGUGACAUUAUUACUAUAAACUUGACAUCUGUUUAUCGUAUUCCGGUUUACUUAUACCAAGCAGUAGCAGACAUUAUUAAACUUUGGCCCAAAUGACUUGAUACGGUUUUCUGGGAUCCCAGAAUACGAGAUUUGCAUCGUUCAAGCAGUUAACAACUAAUUUUAUCGCUGACCAACCACGUUGCGGAAUUUAUUCUUCCCCUUCGCGCCAACAAAUUCGUCUAGUGGUAAACUACUUUUCAUAGUGAUGUUGUCUUUUCAACUGCUUUUAGGGCGAUGUUGUCUUCUGGCACAAUUUAAUGAGAUCUGGAGAUGGUGACUUUAGAACGAGGCAUGCAGGAUGUCCUAUUAUCUCAGGCACUAAGUGGGGUGAGUGAAAAUUUGUUUUUGAAUUUUGUUCACCUCGCUGAACACAACAAAAUAUUAAAGUUGCAAGUUUUGGCCCUCCUAUACGAAACUGCGGCCCUCCGGAUUCCGGUGCAGAGCUCUGACCAACGGUGGGAACUGUACAGUAAGUUCUCGAAUUCAUCUGGUCCUCUUGAACGCGAAAGGCGAUUUCGUGCAAAGACAUUUUCAUCCACGAAUACAUUUAAUUUAACAAUGAAUGAAAGAUUAUCUUUUUCUAUUCUUCUCUCUCAUCAAUAAUGUUAACUGGAAUGAUUAAAUGUGGUUAAAGGGCACAUAUUUCGAAAACGUUAACAGCAGAUGUUUCAUGCAUUGCCAGAGGCGUAUUCUCUGACUCGCAUUUACAAGAUCAGGGCACUUCUCGUUAUAAACAAAGUUUAGUUAGAGCGGCUCUAGGUCGAACUAUAUAUGGAUAUUACAGUUUGUGUCUAUUUUUACUUUUACGUCGGAUAAAUUUAAAGAUUUUUUAACAAAUAUAGAAGGGUAUUAUGUGGUCUAGACUGGAUUGCGGUUUGAAUUAAAUUUGAAACUCAAAACAAACAAGUUGUACCCCAAACAACAAAGAUAAGCUGCUGUUUUUAUUUCAAAAGCCGUCAGUUUUGUAUAUACUGCUAAUGUUGAUACGUUUCAUGUGGGAAGGAUGUAUUUAGUCACAAAAGAAAAUAUUUUUAUAUUAUUUGAAAAUAUUUAGAGAUUUUUUAGCACAAGUCCUAAUUUUUCUAACAUUUUUUUCAGUUGCCAAUAAGUGGUUCCACGAAGCUGGACAGGAGUUCAAACGACCCUGUGGUCUUUCACCGUACGAAUAAACGAUAAACAUUAUCUGCGCGUUCUUGCUACGAGUUAGGUCAUAAGCGUGCGUCGCAAAUCACGGAAUUGAGAAAUAGGUUGAUUGCACUAAAUUUUAUACGGGACAGCGCAUGGUGGUGAAUUUCAUGACAGUUGACAAUUAUAAAAACAAGGAAAUUACUGGGCUUUCUCACGCGGGCGAAUAUCCGCCAUUUUUGGGCUACUGUCUCCCCCCCCUCGUCGAAGAAUCUAGACAAUUAUAGCAAUGUGAAAAGCGACUUUCCAAAGUUGUAAUUGUAAAUUUACCAUUAUACAUGCUCAACUACCGGGACAAAACAAUCGGACUUCGCAUUGCGCACGCUCUCAAGGAAAGGCAGUACAGUUUGCAUGGUAGAUACAUCGAGCGUGAGAAAGCCCAGUUAAACUAAGCCCAGUUAUUUCGCUGGCCUCAGAGUGACAAAACGUAACAAAGCAACGGUUUUACUAACACAGACCCUAUUCCAAAUCCUAACUCUAACUCUAACCCUAACCUAACCAAACCAAGUUUGUUUCUAAACCAAUCUUGAAGAAAGUUUUGACGAAAUGUCAUUUUGAGGUCAGCGAAAUAAGCUUUUCCUUAAACUAAAGCUGGUUAUGGACGAGUAAGUUGUGGCCAAGUUUUCACAUGAAACAUCGAAGUUCUCCUUGUAUUUUUCAGGUAGUUGUAUCUCUAUAUCAAUCCGAAACUUGAUUAUUCUUGCCACUACCUACACUGUCAUGAACAGUCCGUUCUUAGUGAAAUCCACCUAUCAACUCUUCUCGUGCUAUUUAAGGCAAUUGUUAAUUUAAAUUUAUCCAGAGAGAACAUUUAAAAGUGUAUAAAUGAAAAGCUGAAAGUAAUUAUAUUAUUUUUCAAUAUAC